GUCGGUUGUGAUGACAGGAAUCACAACAGACAUCCAUUGCUCGUUAAUUUGUUGAAUUUUUGAUUUGGGAAGCCGUAAGACAGAGUCCUGUUCACAUAACUGUCCCAUUAUCAAGAGCGUUCCCUUUACUUUCAUAAUGGCCGAGCAGGAGGCGCAGAAAAACGGUUGUGUAAAGCUCGAUGAAGCCGGCGACAUCUUUAUCAGUGUGGACAAGCUGAACGAGCUGAAAUUGGAUCCCAAGAUUACGCGCGCUUCCAAAUAUGCCAAAUCUUUAAUGAAGGCCAUUAUGGACCAUGAGAACCUUGCCAUUGCGUACAAUCACAAGCAGAAGGGUGUUGGUCUGGCUAAGGUGCUGGGAAAAAACAACUGGCUCGCAUUCUGGAAUCACGUUAAAUUACAUCAGCGACGAAUGAUCAAAAAGGACCCGGCAUCCCGAUGGACUGAGACCUUGGACGUGGAAAAGAUCCAGGGAAAGCUGCGGAAAAGCUAUAGCGACCGUAUUCGCACUUUUGCGGAAAUGGAGAGGCUGUUUUCUUAAGGUUUUAGACUUUCGAGUUUUGGACAAGUGUUUUUUACAAGAUACAGCCGACUGCGACAUUUCAUUUAGUUUAAUUUCAUAUAUCAUAAUGUGCU